AUGGGACCUCCGCCGAACUCACAGGUGGCGCCUUUGCCAAAAGACCUGCCCUUCCGCGUCGUGUCCAAGACCAUAGGACAAGGCGCGUAUGCGUUCAUCCGCAAGGCCGCCCCUCUGACCGCGUCAAGCCCCGUCAUCGCCGUCAAGUUCAUCAACAAAGAGCAUGCCUACCGCACCGGGCGCCUGAAACCGAACCAGAUCCAGCACGAGGUUACCCUCCACAAGCACCUGGGCCGGCACCACAAUGUGAUACAGUAUCUCAGCCACGGCGAAGACCGCCUGUACACUUGGAUAGCCAUGGAGCUGGCGGAGGGUGGCGACCUGUUCGACAAGAUCGAGGCCGACGAGGGCGUGGGCGAGGACGUGGCACACCUGUACUUCACGCAGCUGGUCAACGCCGUGAGCUACAUGCACUCCAAGGGCGUGGCGCACCGCGACAUCAAGCCGGAGAACAUGCUGCUGUCCCUUGACGGCGACCUUAAGCUGUCCGACUUUGGCCUGGCCGCCCUGUUUCAGAACAACGGCAAGAAGCGUCUUUGCAACAGCGUGUGCGGCAGCCCGCCUUAUAUUGCUCCGGAAAUUGUCGCCGGGAAGAAGUCCAAGGCCAUUGACGUGCUAGACAAGGGCUACGAGCCCAACAUUGCCGACGUCUGGUCCUGUGGCAUCGUGCUCUUUGUGCUUCUGGCCGGCAACACGCCAUGGGACGAGCCGACACGUGCCAGCUACGAGUUCAAUGAGUUCUUGCAGACCAAGGGCCGCACGACGGACGAGCUGUGGAAGAAACUUCCUCCAGGCGCCACGUCCUUGCUACGUGGAAUGCUCAAAAUAGAUCCUCAGGAGCGCUUCACGCUGGACGAGAUCCGGACGCAUCCCUGGUACACACGCAGCAACCCUCACCUCAGCCAGUCGGGCACGGCAGCAAACCCCAUCCUCCUUGCAACGCAAAUGCUGGAGUCGCUACGCAUCGACUUCAACGCCGACCCAACAGCGUCACAGCGCGAGCACCAACAGCGCUACAGGGACGCCAUGGAGACAGGGAACCAGCCCGUCAGAUUUGCAGCCACACAGCCGGAGACGCUCAUCGUUGACACGCCCUUCGAGUGGGAGCGGCCGCCACGACUAGCCAUCAGCGAGAACUUCAGCGCCUCGCAGCCGGCGCCAGAGCGAAUGUUGACGACUUCGGUGGUUAACGGAUCGCGGGCGCCGCAGCACGCUCCAGCAGGAACAGCCCGCCUGUCGCACGAGGUGCUUGGCCGCCUGGCGGACGACCCGUCGCUUUCGCAAUUCACGCCCAUGCCAGCGGUGCCGUUGAGCCUGACGCAGGCCGCCCGUCACUUCGGGGAUAUCAUGCCUCGGCACUCCUUGGCACGCUUUUUCAGCUCGCUGCCCUUCAACUUGCUCCUGCCCUCGCUGGGCGAGGCGCUGCACCGCCUGGGUGUCCCCGUCGCGCCGUUCUCGCCCAGCGCCCUGCAAGGCCGAGACGCGGAGGCGUACAUCCGGGUCAAGACGGUAGACGGCCGCCAGCAGACUUUGCACGGUACCAUCAUCGUGGAGCGCGUCGAUCACGAUCUCAGCGAGGUAAGAUUCGCAAAGGCGAAGGGCGAUCCGUUGGAGUGGCGGAGGUUCUUCAAGAAGGUCGUCGUGCUGUGCAAGGAUGCUAUCGUCGUGCCUCCUUGA